AUGUCCCGAUCGGCUGCUGCUUGGGCAUUUGCGGUCCGCUGGCGAUGGUAUCUCGGCCUUGCGCCCACCAUCACCCUGCUAUGGAUGGUCUAUCUUCUCUCGUCAUAUCAGCGGCCUAGGGUCAUUGCGCAAUCUCAUACGCUCUCCGCCGACAACAGUACUGCUGAAAACUCUUUCACCCGACCGCCAUUGACCGGCGCUGGAAACUCGACUCUAGGGUUUGAGACGAUUCUCGCACUGUCGCCAUUUCCUUCCUGGCGCACGACCGGGCUGCAAGCAGCCGCGCAGUUGACCGGCCUCGAUAUCCAGAUCCCACCGCAGCCCCCCGUUCCUCCCGAAAUCAUCGACGCGUUUGCCGGCCUGGGCCCGGAAGACGCUCGACACCCCAAUCAUGGCUCGGCCGUUGCUUGGGUCGCGCAUCUCGAUCUUAUUAAAUACGUCGUGCAGUCGGAUUUUGAAACCGCCUUAAUUUUGGAAGACGAUGUUGACUGGGACCUCUCGAUCCGUGAACAAAUGGUUGCUGUUGCCGAGGCGGUUCGGCGCUUGACGAAGACGACGGACUCGACGGGCGCUCCGUACGGUCUUUCAUGGGAUGUGCUUUGGGUCGGCCUCUGCGCGGAGACCUGGGAUCAAGAAUUUGAAACGCAGUUCAUCGUCGACGAGACCGUCAUCCCGGCCGACCGGUAUGUUGGACUCGGCAAGGCGCCAAUCGAUCGACUGCCACCGGGCCAGCGAGCGGUCUUUUACUCGGGAGCGCCAAUAUGUACCUUUGCCUACGCCUUGACACGGACAGGAGCGAGGAAUGUGCUGCUGGAUGUCGGAGCGGGUAAAGACGAAGCUUUCGAUAUCUCCCUGAUGAAUGGCUGCAGGGAGCGCAACCUAACCUGCAUCUCGGUCCUGCCGGAACUGUUUCGCCACUAUAUUCCGUCGGACAAGGUUGGCGCUUCGAGUCUGGUCAAUACUAAGGACGGUGAAGAGACAAGCACCGAGAUCGAAGAAGAAAUGGGACAUACAGAGAAUAUCCUCGAGAGCGCACGGUGCCAUGCCCUGUGGGGUCAGCCCUGCCCCGCGUGAAUGUAUAUCAUGUAAUUAAUGCAUAAUUCUAACGAGUGGACAUAUAAUG